AUGGUAAACCCGAAAGGGUCUAAUCAGUCUAAAAUAUGCUAUAGGCCUAUUCGACCUUCUGAUCUUGAUGUUUUAGAGCGAAUUCAUGCUAGAUUAUUUCCCAUCAGGUAUGAAUCUACUUUUUUUCAAGAUGUGGUCAAUGGACGGGAUAUUGUAUCGUGGGGAGCAGUUGAUCUUAGUCGACCGAAUGGCCAAAGUGACGAACUCAUUGGAUUUGUAACUGCGCGGAUUGUUCUUGCCAAAGAAAGUGAGAUAGUAGAUUUGCUUGGAUAUGACUCGGCCAAAUCUGAUCAGACUUUAGUGUACGUUCUAACACUGGGAGUAGUGGAAGCAUAUAGAAGCCUUGGAAUAGCUUCUUCUCUGAUUCGGGAGGUUGUAAAAUAUGCUUCAAGCAUUCCCACAUGCCGAGCGGUUUACUUGCACGUAAUUUCUUUCAAUAUCUCAGCAAUCAAUUUAUACAAGAAAAUGUCUUUCAAGUGUGUUAGAAGGCUGCGGGGAUUUUAUUUCAUCAAUGGCCAACACUAUGAUUCAUUUUUAUUCGUGCACUACGUAAAUGGGGGACGGUCUCCUUGUUCGCCAUUAGAGUUUCUCUCUACAAUAAUAAGCUAUAUGAAGAGUGGCUUUAAGGCAGUGGCUGCGAGGCUGUGCAAGAACGAAGUUAGGAAGAUCUCAAGGUGGGAAAAGUGUAAAGAGAGUCAUUCUCUUGUGUCACUCUCAACAAUGCCCAACAAAAGAAACAUGGCUGUCGAGUGUACUUGUUGUGAGUUUGUAUAA